ACUCCUAUUUUGGGAUUGGUAAAAAAGGACCAACCAACCAAACCAAACAAUCCAAAGGUAAAGGCAAAGGCAAAGAAAAGGAGUCCCACUGCCCCCACAAUCUGAGACUCAGAUCAUUCAAUUGUGGACUACUACACACUCUUUAGUGUUUACAACACACCAGAACAAUUACUCUUUAGUCUCAAGAGAGAUAAACUUCAAAAAUUCACAUUUUGACUUGUUUGUUCAUCUCUUGGAACCACCAAAAAAGCUAAGAAAAAAGAAUUAGGAAUUCUGAAUUUCAUCCUACAACAACUCCCACAUCAUCCACCGGCCAUUUCUAUGAUUUCCCAGUUUGGAGAAAGGUGGAUUUUUGAGGGAAAAGAACACCCAUAAACAAACAGUUCCUUAUUAGUCUUUGACAACUGCUACUUGGGGCCCAUUUUUUUAUCAAUCAAACAAAAUCCCCAUCAAAUAUGGUCAAUUUCUGUCUGUUUACUGCUCAAUCUUUGCUAAAUUGUUAAUUUGAAGAUUUUUGGGGAUUAGGGUUUGUGGGUAGUGAUUAAUUUGGGGUUAAUUGUGUUAGAUCCUUGGAUUAUGGUGAGAUAUGAGGGUAUUUAGGUUAGAUAAAACAUGGGUUGUGUUUUUGGGAAAGAGUUAGCUCCUGAAAGUAGAGAGAGAAGUGGUGGGAGGAGAGAGAAAAAUAAUUUAGGUACAGAAUCUGGUAGGAAGGUUGAUUUGCCUGUUUCAGAUGUUGUUACUGGUUGGGAUGAUGGGAAAGAUGGGGAAAAUGGUGCUGUUGAGGUGACUAAUGGUGGAAAGGAGGAAGAAAAAAAAGGGGGAGAAACUGAGGAAGAAAAGAAGGAGAGGGAUGGGAAAGGUAGGAGUCAAAAACCGAGGGGCGAGAGAAGGCGAUCGAAGCCGAACCCAAGGCUGAGUAAUCCUCCAAAGAAUGUACAUGGUGAGCAGGUGGCUGCUGGAUGGCCUUCUUGGCUUUCUGCUGUUGCCGGAGAAGCCAUCAAUGGCUGGGUUCCAAGACGAGCUGAUACUUUUGAAAAGAUUGAUAAGAUUGGGCAAGGAACUUAUAGUAAUGUAUAUAAAGCUAGAGAUUCGUUGUCAGGGAAGAUUGUUGCACUUAAGAAGGUUCGGUUUGAUAACUUGGAGCCUGAGAGUGUUAAGUUCAUGGCUAGAGAGAUUUUGAUUCUGCGGCGAUUAGACCAUCCGAAUGUUGUGAAACUUGAGGGGUUGGUUACUUCAAGGAUGUCUUGUAGUUUGUAUUUAGUGUUUGAGUACAUGGAGCAUGAUUUAGCUGGACUUGCUGCCAAUACAGAGAUUAAGUUUACCGAGCCACAGGUGAAGUGUUACAUGCACCAACUGAUAUCUGGAUUAGAGCACUGUCAUAAUCGCGGUGUCCUUCACCGUGAUAUUAAGGGAUCAAAUCUUCUUCUUGAUAAUGGAGGGAUACUUAAGAUAGCUGAUUUUGGAUUGGCAACUUUUUUUGAUCCCAACAAGAAGCAUCCAAUGACCAGUCGUGUUGUCACUCUCUGGUAUCGAGCCCCAGAGCUCCUUCUUGGGGCUACUGAUUAUGGUGUCGGCAUUGAUCUUUGGAGUGCUGGCUGCAUUUUGGCUGAGUUAUUAAAAGGAAGGCCUAUCAUGCCAGGCCGCACUGAGGUUGAGCAAUUACAUAAGAUAUAUAAGUUAUGUGGUUCCCCUUCGGAUGAAUACUGGAAGAAAUCAAAGCUACCAAACGCAACAAUGUUUAAGCCGCGUGAUCCAUACAAAAGAUGUAUAAGAGAGACCUUUAGAGACUUCCCGUCCUCUGCUUUGUCUUUGAUUGAUACCCUCCUUGCAAUUGAUCCAGCUGAAAGGAAAACUGCCACAGAUGCUUUGAAUAGCGCUUUCUUCAAUACUGAACCUCUUUCAUGUGAUCCCUCAACUCUUCCAAAAUAUCCACCAAGCAAGGAGAUGGAUGCUAAACGACGUGAUGAUGAGGCACGAAGACUAAGAGCUGGAAACAAAGCACAAGGUGAUGCAGCAAAGAAACAUCGUCGUGACCGUCCUCGGGCAAUGCCUGCACCCGAAGCUAAUGCAGAACUCCAGGCUAAUCUCGAUCGGCGGCGUAUUAUUACCCAUGCAAAUGCGAAAAGCAAGAGCGAGAAGUUCCCUCCACCGCACCAGGACGGAGGCCUUGGCUACCCCUUGGGUGCUUCGCAGCACAUUGAUCCUGCAAACAUCCCGUUUGAUGUUCCUUACAGUUCCACGUCACUUAUCUACUCAAAAGGGGGAGGCCAGCAUUGGUCCGGUCCAUUGAUAGACCCCGCUUCUGCUGGCGGUCCUAGGCGAAAGAAGAAAUAUGUUGCUGAAGGCAACGAACCCAAAUCAACGGGCCGAAGAGAGAUCAGUAGUUCUCGAGCUCGAGGAAAAUAAAAAUAGGAUAGUGAGAACGAUUCAGCCCGUAGUAGUUACUAAAGCAGCUCGCGCUGAUCGGAUUCCUCUCAUUCUGCGGUUUUCAAUGUCCUGGCUUAUAUUAGAUGCAAACAUGUAUGAUCAGCAUGGGCUGGUGAAGAAGUGUAUUUAGAGUUAUAAUUGAAUUUUUAUUUCUUUUUUGAACCUUUUUUUAAUUUUCAUGAAUGUUCUAAAAAAGAAAAUUUAUGUGUACUAGUAGUUGGAAUAUGGGGAAAGUUCCCUCAUGUAUAUUUUUGACCUUCUUUUAUGAUAAGAGAUCUUUAUUCUUCGAGUAAUGAAUCCUUUGUGUGGCUCCUAUUACCAAUUGUAAUGAACUUACAUUCUCAUAUAAUAUUGCAAGGA